CUGAGCCGGACCGAGAGAGGCUAGGGUUUUCACCCAAACCACGGCCGUUUCAUUUUUCUUUACUCUUUCUCCAACCCCACCAGAAAAUCACGCAUCUGUCCACUCCUGCCGCCUCCAUUCCUCGCCGCCGCCGAUGAUGGAGUCCAACUCCGACAAGCUACGUGGUCUUCGCAUCACCUCCCUAGACGAGGAAGACGAUGACGAGCCCGAACUGCCCCACCAACCCCUGCCCGCUGCGGCCGCCGUGGACUAUGAUGACGAUGACGAGGAGGAAGAGGCGGAAGUCAUGCUUGGUUUCUUAGAGAAGCCGAAACAUCCAGGCCUCCUCCUCCGCCACCUCUUCCCAAGCAAGGCCGGCGGCAUCCCGGCAUGGUUGGAUCCCAUGAAGUUGCCAUCGGGAAACUCCAGCUGCUGUGGCUUCUGCGGUGAGCCCCUGCAGUUCGUGCUCCAGAUUUAUGCGCCGAUUGAGGAACAUGCAUCCACAUUUCACCGUACCCUGUUCAUGUUCAUGUGCCCGUCGAUGGCGUGCUUGCUCCGAGACCAGCACGAACAGUGGAAGCACAACCAAGGCAAUCCUUGUAGAAGUGUGAAGGUUUUCCGGUGCCAGCUGCCUCGUAGCAAUACGUUUUACUCAAGUGAACCUCCAACCCACACUAACUCUGACAUGCCACUAUGUGCGGGAGCUUCUGUCUGUCAUUGGUGUGGUACAUGGAAAGGCGAUAAAAUUUGUGGUAGCUGCAAGAAAUCACGCUAUUGUUGUGAGAAGCAUCAGGCUCUGCAUUGGCGUUCUGGUCACAAAACUGACUGCCUACAGAUAAUCAAUUCUUCUGAAGCAUCAAGUUCUGUUCUACCAGUUGUAGGAAAAGUUCCUGCGAGGACUUGUUGGCCGGAAUAUCAGAUCACAAUUGAACCUGAAGAUGAUUUGGAUUCUGAUAGUUGUGAUGAAAACAGCUCAAAGUCUUUGGUAAUGCAAAAACAUGGUAAACCAGAUGAUUCGAUGCAGUCAUGGAUGGAUCAGUUCGAGGCUGAUGCUGACAACCUAUGUUGGGCAUAUUUUCAAGAGCGAAUCUCAAGAGCACCAGGGCAAGCGUUGAGAUAUUGCCGAGAAUCAAAUGCAAAGCCUCUGUGGGCUUUAUCAGCUGGGCGUCCAUCAAAUGCUGAUAUCCCUUCAUGUAGUUACUGUAAAGGUCCACUAUGCUAUGAAUUUCAGAUAAUGCCACAAUUGCUUUAUUACUUUGGUGUGAGAAAUGAGCCAGAUUCUCUUGAUUGGGCAACAAUUGUUGUGUACACAUGUAAAGGAUCAUGUGACCAAAAUGUUAGCUACAAGGAAGAGUUUGCAUGGGUGCAGUUAUACCCUACAACAAUCACACGGCCAUAGUAAUGUUUACCUGUCCGAUGGCUGUUCUUUGCUGCUUCAGAGACUUCCGAAGGAUUAUCUACUUGCAUUUCAACUUGAAGACAGCGUUCAAAGCCAAGAUUUACGUUAGCUGCCUAAGACUUUAAAAUUGGCAGUGACUUCUGUGCUUCAGGUCAAUUGGUCGUGCAGUGUUGAGCAGCAUUGGUCCCAAUUCUUGGUGUUUGCUGCAUUGGCUUUGAUCGAUUUAACCACUAUGGCCCAUUUAGAGCAUCUGAAGACAAAUAGUUGGUCACCAACUUCAGUUUAGUAGUUUGUGUCUCCUUUAUGUUUAGAUCCUUCUUUUCUUUUAUAUGGAAGAUACAUCGUCUGAUUUUUGGUUUCUGCUCAAAUUGUGAACAUCCAAACUUUAAAAAGUAUUACACAUAGCUUCCAUUUCAGUAUUGACCAGGUAUACUCAUAUUUACAUGUAAAGAGUCUAGUCUCUGGUGUGAUAUUUGCAGUUGAUGUUUUGAUUAGUACGUUUAUAUUAGUCAAUUUUGUCUUAAA